UUCAUAAGCGACCCGGAGAGAAACACUGAGGAGCCACUUCACCUGGCGUUCUCCGCUCAAUUCAUUACAAUGUCUUGCUGGAUCUCUCUUGUCUAUGCGUUAGCGUUUUCCGCAGCUUAUAUAAAUGCGCAAUUUGCAGUAAAUCAGCCGUCUUCAAAAUCCACAUCUCUGGGACAGAACGUGGAAAUACCCUGUACCCUGUCUGGCGGCAGUUUAGGUAACAGUGACGUUUCUUGGUACCAGCAGAUUCCAGGAGCGGUUCCGCGAUAUUUGUUCUACUAUUACUCGGGCAGCAGCAUUUCCAGAGGCUCGGGAGUUUCUGAGCGUUUCUCCGGAUCAGUGUCAGGCAACACUGCAACAUUGACAAUUUCGAACGUGCAGUCGGGAGACGCUGCUGACUACUACUGUGCUGUGUGGAAAAGUGCUUUCAUCUUCGGCAAAGGAACGAGGCUGGGUAUUGGCAAUCCUCAGCCCCCCGCGGUGUCCGUGCUUGGACCUUCAGCGCAAGAAUUGACGGGAAAGGGAACGGCCACCCUGGUGUGUUUGGUGAACGGGUUUAAUCCGGGCGCUGUGGAAAUUGACUGGACCGUGGACGGCAGUGCGAGAAGUGAUGGCGUUGAAACCAGCCGGAUCCAACAGGAGGCGGACAACACGUUCAGUGCGAGCAGUUACCUGACUCUGCCAGCCACAGUGUGGAACUCACAUGAGCUUUACUCCUGUGUGGUUAAACACGAGACUCAGGCUAACCCGCUGCAGGGAAACAUCGCCAGGUCCAGCUGUCUGUAAAACUUCUAGAUUCCAACUAAUCAAAUUGACAAAUAUUGUUGCUCCGUCUUUCAUUUGUCAAAAAUUGAUAUAAAAAUAUUAUCUGUUAUCG